UGGGUUUGGUAGGAAGAGCCAUGUGUUUGUGUAGGUGACUGUGUCACCCUUCGUACAUUUCCAUGUGUGUGUUUGUGUCUCUCAUUGUGCAGCCUGCUCUAGAAAGCCAGCAGAGUGGGAGGAGGGAGGCUGUCUCCCUGAGGCCAAAACAAAGCUGGGGAGGUGGAGGGAAGCCAUGAUCCUUGUCCUUCCUGAGGGGAGUGAGAUUGAGACCUGGGAAGGGGGAGGGGACUAGGAUGAGGUGCCUUGAACAUGUGCCUACCCCCACCCCCCAUCACUGUUCCUGGGAAGGCCCUAGUCAGGAUCAGGGGAGCCACUCAGGCUGGCCUCAGAUGAGAGAGCAUGCCAGAUGCCCCUCAGAGCUGGAUGGAAUCCAAAGGGCCCGCUGUCCAGCACUUCCAUGAAUUCUGUUUCCACCUCCAUCUUAGAAUUCUUGAGAGUAGUAAGGGCCUAGGGGCCUUCAAUACCAUCACAUUAAGUCAGUGUUUGCUUCCAGCUUUAAGGGGUUCUCCUGCUUAAUGGAACCAUCCCUUCCGCACUUAGCUAUUUGAAUGAGACUGGGUGGCGGAAGCGUUUGUAUUUGGAGAUGCCCUGCCUCAGGUCAGUCAGGAAUAGAAGUGUACCAACUAUGUGACUUUUGUUUUCUUGGCCUCACCUUUCUCAUCUGUAAAAGAGAAUGUUACUUCCUGGCUGCCUGCCUGCCUCCCAAGGGAAAUGGAAAGGUCAAAUGUUGACAAGCGUCAAGAAUCGUGGUACGGGUCUACAGCAGCCUACCUGUAGAUAGCUCCGCACAGGACUUGGAAAGUAGACAUAGUACUACCAGGAGCUCUCAUCUCGAAGGGCGUCUUAUUUUAUAGUGGGAGACAAAUCAGGUUGGGACGCCAGUGUUAACGAAGACUCUGGGCGGGCAGCGGCGCCAAGCUCUGAGUGCUGCGAGAUGCCUAAGCUGAAGCACGAAGGGGAGUCGUUGUCCGCGGUGCUGAAGCGCGCGCCAGGCCUCGCCUUCCCUUGCCUGCAGGUGGGAUUCCUGGGAUCAGAUUUAGGGUAUACUCCAGCUCCUGUCAUCCUGGCCCAUCAGGCUUGCAGGGAGGCAGCUGGAAAGUUACACCUCAGGGCAUCCUGGGUACCUUCGACCGUUUUGCUUCCCCACUCCCAACCCAAAGCUCAAAACGGAGCUGGGAGACUCUUUAGGAAAACAAAACAAAACAAAACACAGUCCGAGCCCCACCCGGACCCCUGUCUAAUCCCUCGGGUCUUCCCAGCCCAGUGGGGCCGCUGGGCAGUGCGGUUCCGAGGGGAAAGGCUACGUUUAGCGGCGGCCCUGUCUGAGUGGAAGAGAGAAAGGCCAAGAGAAGAUGCGGAGAGGGUUGGAGCCUGACUGGCCAGUCCUGAGCUCGGUCCCCGAACUGGGAUCUCUCCUUGGAGUCCCUCCGGCCCUGAGUAUUGUUCCCGGGGCGGGGGUGCCCCCGUGUGGCUGCGAGGAGCCAUGCGCACGGAGCUGCUUCGCGAUGGGGUGGUCGCCGUCAAGUGGAUAAGAUUUGCCCAGAGUUAGGAGGUCAUUCCCACCACUUAAAAGUAUGCUUUUCAAACAAAUAUGCAGGAUCCCAGUCGAAAGAGCGGGACUAUAUCUCUCCCGUAGGCUUUCCCAGGAAUUUGAAGGCGUUAGAGGGUCCUGGAAGGGUUUACUUGGAGUGUAACCUGAUAGGGAUGAGUCCAGAGUCCGGGAAAGGGGCUCAGUGGGACCGAAGUGGGGGGGUGGGGGUGGGGGUGGGGCUCUUCUCGAAGCAUUCGGCUGUAGCCAGCGUGUGGUGGUAGAGUCUGUAAACCUGCCGCACCGAGACAAACGCAAAUAGAAACAGUUGUGAGAGCAAGGAAUUUGGAGCCGGGAGACAGAAAACAGUGGGACACAACUCUGCCGCCUCUUCUUUGCCACCUCAAUACACUGGCCUCCUCUCCUUCCUCCUGUCUUGUCUUCCAUUGGUCCAGAAAGUGUGGAAGUGUGGGGAGUUGCCAUGACAACUCUGUCCUCUUACUCCUUCGGCUCUUUAUGCCAAAAUGGUGGGGGCAGGGUGCAGGGUGCGGGGAGGAGUGCGACAGGCGGAGAAAGGGGGGCUGAAAGGAGGCAAUAAAAGAUACGGUUCAUUCCCCAUCCAGCUCUUUUCUCAAAACCCACAUGUACUUGCCUGGCCUCCCCGCCAGAACCCAGAAAAAUGCUCUCUGAGAAGGCUGAGUCCGCGCCACCCCUCCCUGCCCCCCUAGUCCAGGAACUUUGGGGGCGGAUGCUUCACAUGAUGGGGCCAGGGUGAGCUCCUCUCAGGCGGCCAGGAGCACAUGGGAAGUCUCCAGGGUUUCAAUCCUAUGCAUGCCGGGCCGGCCCUCCCGCGCCGCCCACGCAGGGCCCACUCGGGUGAGGGCGGAGACCGGACCGCCCCGGGCCCUGGGGGCGGAGCUUGGACGCAGAGCUCUCCGCCAAACCAUGAACCGAUGCCCUCGCAGGUGCCGGAGCCCGCUGGGGCAGGCAGCGCGAUCUCUCUACCAGCUGGUGACUGGGUCGCUGUCCCCAGACAGCGUGGAGGAUGAAUUUGAAUUGUCCACCGUGUGUCACCGGCCUGAGGGUCUGGAGCAGCUGCAGGAGCAAACCAAAUUCACGCGCAAGGAGUUGCAGGUCCUGUACCGGGGCUUCAAGAACGAAUGUCCGAGCGGAAUUGUCAAUGAGGAGAACUUCAAGCAAAUUUACUCCCAGUUCUUUCCUCAAGGAGACUCCAGCACCUAUGCCACUUUUCUCUUCAAUGCCUUUGACACCAACCAUGAUGGCUCGGUCAGUUUUGAGGACUUUGUGGCUGGUUUGUCCGUGAUUCUUCGGGGAACUGUAGAUGACAGGCUUAAUUGGGCCUUCAACUUGUAUGACCUCAACAAGGACGGCUGCAUCACCAAGGAGGAAAUGCUUGACAUCAUGAAGUCCAUCUACGACAUGAUGGGCAAGUACACAUACCCUGCACUCCGGGAGGAGGCCCCAAGGGAACAUGUGGAGAACUUCUUCCAGAAGAUGGACAGAAACAAGGAUGGCGUGGUGACCAUUGAGGAAUUCAUUGAGUCUUGUCAAAAGGAUGAGAACAUCAUGAGGUCCAUGCAGCUCUUUGACAAUGUCAUCUAGCCCCCAGGAGAGGGGGUCAGUGUUUCCUGGGGGGACCAUGCUCUAACCCUAGUCCAGGUGGACCUCACCCUUCUCUUCCCAGGUCUAUCCUUGUCCUAGGCCUCCCUGGGGGCUGGAGGGAUCCAAGAGCUUGGGGAUUUAGUAGUCCAGAUCUCUGGAGCUGAAGGGGCCAGAGAGUGGGCAGAGUGCAUCUUGGGGGGUGUUCCCAACUCCCACCAGCUCUCACCCGCUUCCUGCCUGACACCCAGUGUUGAGAGUGCCCCUCCUAUAGGAACUGAGUGGUUCCCCACCUCCUACCCCCACUCUAGAAACACACUAGACAGAUGUCUCCUGCUAUGGUGCUUCCCCCAUCCCUGACUUCAUAAACAUUUCCCCUAAAACUCCCUUCUCAGAGAGAAUGCUCCAUUCUUGGCACUGGCUGGCUUCUCAGACCAGCCUUUGAGAGCCCUGUGGGAGGGGGACAAGAAUGUAUAGGGGAGAAAUCUUGGGCCUGAGUCAAUGGAUAGGUCCUAGGAGGUGGCUGGGGUUGAGAAUAGAAAGGCCUGGACACAAUGUGAUUGCUCAGGCAUACCAAGUUAUAGCUCCAAGUUCCACAGGUCUGCUACCACAGGCCAUCAAAAUAUAAGUUUCCAGGCUUUGCAGAAGACCUUGUCUCCUUGGAAAUGCCCCAGAUAUUUUCCAUACCCUCCUCGAUAUCCAUGGAGAGCCUGGGGCUAGAUAUCUGGCAUAUCCCUGGCAUUGCUUCCUCUCCUUCCUUCCUGCAUGUGUUGGUGGUGGUUGUGGCAGGGGAAUGUGGAUAGGAGAUGUCCUGGCUGAUGCCUGCCAAAGUUUCAUCCCACCCUCCCUGCUCAUCGCCCCUGUUUUGAGGGCUGUGACUUGAGUUUUUGUUUCCCAUGUUCUCUAUAGACUUGGGACCUUCCUGAACUUGGGGCCUAUCACUCCCCACAGUGGAUGCCUUAGAAGGGAGAGGGAAGGAGGGAGGCAGGCAUAGCAUCUGAACCCAGUGUGGGGGCAUUCACUAGGAUCUUCAAUCAACCCGGGCUCUCCCCAACCCCCCAGAUAACCUCCUCAGUUCCCUAGAGUCUCCUCUUGCUCUACUCAAUCUACCCAGAGAUGCCCCUUAGCACACUCAGAGGGCAGGGACCAUAGGACCCAGGUUCCAACCCCAUUGUCAGCACCCCAGCCAUGCUGCCAUCCCUUAGCACACCUGCUCGUCCCAUUCAGCUUACCCUCCCAGUCAGCCAGAAUCUGAGGGGAGGGCCCCCAGAGAGCCCCCUUCCCCAUCAGAAGACUGUUGACUGCUUUGCAUUUUGGGCUCUUCUAUAUAUUUUGUAAAAUAAGAACUAUACCAGAUCUAAUAAAACACAAUGGCUAUGCACAG